AACUGGGGCAUCAUUAAAACUGUUACUGUUUCACUUUAAUUUGUUUACAUAAAAUACCUAAAAUUUCAUUUAACACGUCAAAGGGCUUACUUUUCAUACAAAUUUUCUAAAGUUUAGUCAAAUUAUUUUUGAGUUCAAUAUUUUUUCUGUGUCCUGAAGAAUUUUUCUAUAUAAUCCCACACAUCAUUGACAUCUCAAUUCAAAAAUUUGGAUUAGCAUCUUAAGUCAGUAAGCUGGUACAGGAUGGCAGCAGAAGAAAAGACAUUUAAGGGCAUCAUUAUAGAGGCAUUGAAUUUCCACAACAGAAAAAGUCGAGAUUACAUAGAACAAAUAGCUGAGUGGAAAGAAAGAUUUACUACGUUACAAAAGCAGAAGCAAAGGUAUCAGGAGGAAUACAGAAAUAUAAAAAGAGAAGUUGAGACCUAUACACAAGAGAAUAAUAAAUUAAAAGGAGAAGUAGAUAGUUUAAGGCAGAUUAUCAACAGAGAUCAGAGAAAUGAUAGAUGUACAGCAUGUAGUAGUUUCCAGCACACCAUACAGACACUUAAAGAUGUGUAUGAGAAUACACUAACACAGAAAGAUAACCAUAUAACUUAUUUAGAAAAUAGAAUAAAAGAACUAGAAAGAAGAAAACAUUGUAAUACAGAUGGACACUUAAAUGGAAAUUUGAACACUGCAUUAUCAAGCCCAGAUUCUACAAGUAAAUAUACACCACACAAGACUAAACAACAGCCUGGUUCUGACGAUGGACAUGCAACUGUAGAAUCCAAUAGGAAGUCACAUGACAAAAUAGAGGAGGAUCCAAGUCCUGAUAGGCUAGAUAAAAGUUUGAAACUGAGGCUACCAAGGAACAAAAAGAGAAGCAGAUAUUCAGAGGACCCUUCACCCGAACAGAAAAGACCAAGAAUGGAAGAAACAAUGAUUGAGAUGCAUUCAGAUGGUAUCGAUAAUGAAAGAAUUACGGGAAAAUCAUCAAGGAAAGAUAACUUGCAAAAGAGGCCCCAUAUUAUUGUCCCAGAGACCUGUUUAUUUGACGCUGAUUUAUUUGAAGAGGAAGAAGAAACAGUAUGUGACGAAAAAGCUGACAACGCCAAAAAUCUCACAGGAAUUAAGAAAAAUAAAUGGACAAUUGCUAUGGAUACUAGUUCUUCAUCAGAAAAUGAAGACAAUGGAUUGAAAAUUCAAGAUCAAGGUCAAAAGGAAAAGCAGGUCAAUAGGUCAUGGCUUCAUAGUAUGUUAAGCAGUCCAGAUUUGGACCAGACAAAGUUGAAUAAAGGUGAACAGUCUGAGGAAUUUGAAGGAAGAAAAAUUAAUUUGAAGAAAAAUAAAAGUGAUCCUUCUCACAUGUUAAAGCAAGUCAAUCCUGGAAGAGAACAAACUAAAGCUAAAACAUUAUCUCAGCAUGAUAGCCCACUCAAAUUGGUGCCACUGAAAAAUCGUAAAAUUGUAAAGAAAACAUCAAACCUCAAUUGUACAAAUUUAACAGAUGAUAUAAGUGGAGAAACUGUUCAUAUUCAUUCCAGUCCUGAGUUUUCAUCACCUUCAUUGGUCAGUAAUGGUCGAAUGGCCAGAAAUAUUUCAGCAAGAUCUUCACGACAACCAAUAGACAUUCCAUCUGACAACGAAUCUCCUUUGACUUCUGAAAAUGAACAAAGGUAUCCUGAAGUGGACGUUCUGUUCGAGGAUUCAGAGUCAUCACAAUCGUACAAAAUAUUGAAUUCAUCGAAAGACAGAAGUGUUGAAAAAUUAUCACGGAAGGUCAGAGGGAAAAAGUCAAGGUCACAGGAAAAGUCACCUGACAUUAACAGCUCUUGGAAAAUGAGGGAAAGGAAAUCAAAAGUACAUGAAAAAUCACCAUUAAAAGACACUUCCAACAUGGAUGAGGAGUUCAAAAAUAAGUUACGACAAAGUUCAUUGAGUCAAGCUUUUAUGAACGGCACAAAACAAGAUUCAGAUCUACAGCAGGCUAUAGAACAGUCUUUACAAGAAUCUACAGGAAAACUUUGUGAAAAACUUCAAUCUAACAAUGAAUUGCUAGAGUCCAAAGAAAAUAGUCCUCCAUUUAAAAAACCAGCAGUGCCAAAACCUAGAUUUAAAAGAAGUAAGCUGAGAAAAUCAGCAGAUCUUGAUCAAACUAUUGCACCUGCUGGUGAAGAAAAACAUUUAUCUGACAUAGACAUGGAAGAAACAAUGGCUCCAUCUAGGAUUAAUGAUAAACCAAAGGGAGGUAAUCCUGACCCAUUUAGAAUAAAUGGCAGUUUGGACCCUGCUAUUGAACUUUCUCAACUUUGUGCUGAAUCACAGGACCUAGGAGAUGAACUUGAAAUGACCUUGGCAAACAGACACAACAAUGGAAAAAGAGAAAAUAGGGUGAAGGAAAAUACAGACUGCAUAGACGCUUUACAAGAUUUCAGAUUAGAAGAUCUCCAUGGAAACGAUGAUUUCCCUAAAACAUCAACUUGUAUAGAGUUUGGUGAAGAUUCUCAAGCCAUUCCUUGCAGUUCUACAAGUGUUAAAUUCGGAGGUGGACGAUUAAAGGGACAAAAGAAAAAACUGAAAACUGGAGACACAGAAGACGUGGAAACAGAAGAACCACAGAUAAACAAACAGAUGGAUGAUAGUUUUGAUGUUCGUCCAAAGAUAACUACAGAGCCUGCCUAUGCCUAUGUUGAUGUUGUCCGUGGUAAAGAGGACAGAAGGAAACUGAAAGCUUUUUGGUGUCAAGAAUGUGCUGAUUUCUAUAAAGACACCGGUGAAUCUGAUGAGGCCAUACAGAAGAGGAUGCAGGAAUGUUCCAGACAUAGAGCUAGACAUGCCCCUCCAAGUACCCCUGAACAUUUUUGGUCUGUUGGGUUCAUGGACACACCAGAAUGUGAAGAGAGAGGCUACAUAAACAGAGAGGAAUCACCAGAAGAAAAGAAAGAACCAACGUUUAACAGAAGAAGUAAAUACAGAAAACUGUUCAAAUCUAAAAAUGAAGAAGACAAAUACAGCUGAUAGUCACAUGACAUCAACAUGACAAAAAUUCUUUUCAUAAAGCUGACAUCAACUGUACUAAGAAUUUGUUAUGUAAAUUAAAUGUGGGCAUAUGUGUAUUAAAUGUGCAUAUGUAAUUAAAUGUGGGCAUAUGUGUAUUAAAUGUGCAUAUGUAUAUUAAAUAUGGGCAUAUGUGUAUUAAAUGUGCAUAUGUGUAUUAAAUGUGCAUAUGUAUAUUAAAUAUGGGCAUAUGUGUAUUAAAUGUGCAUAUGUAUAUUAAAUAUGGGCAUAUGUGUAUUAAAUGUGCAUAUGUAUAUUAAAUAUGGGCAUAUGUGUAUUAAAUGUGGGCAUAUGUAUAUUAAAUAUGGGCAUAUGUAUAUUAAAUGUGGGCAUAUGUAUAUUUAUACUGGAGGUAUUGAAUAUUCAGGGAUUUAUUUCUUAUUUAUAUGUUAACCAAUGUUUUAGUUACCUUCUUACAUGUUGUCUAAUAGAGAUCUCAUUUUGGUUUUUUUUCUAUUUCUUUUACUUAAUAUUUAUU